AUGGGGCGCUACGAUGGCAAGACCUGCCGCCUCAUCUUCAUGCUCGUCAUGACGGCGCUCCUCUUCCUCGCCGAGCUGGUGUCCGGCUACCUGGGCAACUCCAUCGCGCUCGUGUCCGACUCGUUCAACAUGCUGUCCGACCUCAUCUCGAUCUGCGUUGGCAUCUUCGUCCUGCGCCUCGCCAGCUUGGAGCGCUCGCCUCGCUUCACGUACGGACUGCCGCGCACCGAGGUGCUGGGCGCCCUGAGCAACACCGUCUUCCUCACGGCCCUGUGCUUCACGAUCACCGUGCAGGCGCUCACGCGACUGAUGGAGCCGCAGAAGAUCUCGGACCCGGAGCUGGUGCUGAUCGUCGGGGCGCUCGGGCUGGCCAUCAACAUCGUGGGGCUCGUCAUCUUCCGGGAGUGCUGCUUCUGCAGGUCGCCGGACGAGGGCGCCGAGGAGACCCGGCUGCGCGACGGAGAGGACAGCGAAGCAGGUGUCAUCACUGCCAGCAGCAUCCAGCUGGACAGCCAAGGCAAGAAGAAGGACGAUGGCCCUGCUGCUGCUGCCUUGAAUAUCCGAGGUGUCCUGCUCCAUGCACUGAGCGAUGCCCUUGGCUCGGUGGUGGUGUUGGUGGCUGCCACCAUCUUCUACAUAUGGCCCUUGUCACCUGAGUCUCCGUGUAACUGGGAGUGCUACGUAGAUCCCAGCCUGACCAUUAUCAUGGUCAUCAUCAUCAUGUCAUCAGCCAUUCCUCUCCUCAAAGAGACGGCUGGCAUUCUGCUGCAGAUGGUGCCCAAUGGAGUUGACAGCAAGAGGAUUGAUGAGGCUCUCCAGCAGGUGCCCGGCGUGCAGGGUGUUCAUGAGCUGCACAUGUGGGAGCUGGCAGCAGGGCACAAUGUUGCCACAGUCCACGUGAAGAGUGCCACCCUGGCGGCUUUUCAGUACGCUGAGCACCAGAUUCGAGAGAUCUUCCACCAAGAGGGGAUUCACUCCACGACCAUCCAGCUCGAGCUGACCCACCAGGACAAGCCCAACGGGGUCGCCCUUCUCUGCUCGGCUGCCUGCCUGUCCCAGGAGUGCCAGAGCCAGAUGUGCUGCCACACGGCCCCCAGUGCCUUGGGAUGUGACGUCAGGGGCUACGUGGAGAUCGGCAGUGACCCUCCCGAGGACUUCAUGAAUGGGAGUGUGGUGAGCCCACCGGACGAGGUGAACGUGAUGAUCCUGCCAGAGUGCGGCGACCAGGCCCCUGAGAACACAGAUGUCCUGAGGAGUACUCACCUGUAGGGGGUGCUGUGUGGAAAGGACCCAGAGACCCCAGAGAGGCAAAUGAAGGAGAUGACAAGCCACCAGAGCAGGGGUGACGAUAACGGAAUGUUUGAAGUUCAGGAGACCACACCACCAUGAUACCCUUAACAAAGGGGUGAGACCUGAAGCACUCAAGUCAGCCCUCUUGACCCAAUGUGACCCACACUGUCACCAGCUGUGCCAGUAUCCCCCAUGCCACCCUUGGCCUAUCUACCCUAUGUACUGCCCCCUAUGCCCAGUGGCUCACUCUGCGCAUAUGCUGCUGUCUUUUUGAUACCCAGCCCACCCUGGCCCCACUGCCACAUCCUCUACACUGCCACCCUGUCACAGACCCUUGGCCAGGCAGAAAGCACCCAAUGGCCAGCAGCAGAUGAGUGGACCAAAGGACAGCUGUGACUCCUGGGGGUGGGGCAGGACACUUCAGUGGUCCCUCAGAUGGACAGGUGACCUCUGUGUUUGUGUGACACGUGUCUUAUAUAGCGUCUUUCAUAUUGUAUGAGAUGUCAUAGAGAGACGGCCAUCAAGGCCUAUCAGAAGUGACCUUAGGCUGACCAGUGGCCGACAGCUCAGGACCGUAAUGACGAGGACGGCGGGCACGUCACCUUUUAUGCACUUUUUUCAUUUCCUGUUGCUGUUCACCCCAAAGCCAGCGGGCACCUCCACUGGCACACGAUGACUGUCAUUCAGACAAUGGAAACACCACAAGGAGGAGAAGAAGGGACAAGGCCACAAUGCCAUGGUAAUGCCAGGUGGUCCGCUGAGCAAAAUUGAUGAGGAACAGUGAAAGUUUGAUUUAGUUUGAAGUGAAGUCUCAUUAAAGUUGACGAUCAAAUUGA